UGACGAGGAUACGCCUAGAUGAGUAUCACUAAUCACAAUUCAAAUCACAAUCAUGUUACUUCCGCAAACUUUGGAUAAGUUGAUUGAUUCAAUUCGUACUUUCUUUUAUAUCAGUCUUUCUGCUGCUGCCCGUUCCUCAUCCUGUUCGGCCCCUUCAUUCUUUCCAACUGACCAAAGCCAACUUUCACAUUCAUUAGUCUGUUUCCUUCUUUCCUUCCUUUUCACUCCUUUACACUCUUACGCUCCCUUACACUCCCUUGCAAUAUUUUUUCGCUUUCGAAAUGAACUUUCGUUGAAUUCAAGAACAUCUUCAACCACAGCAAAAACGCGUUAAAAACAUGGGCGUUUAUAACUUCUUUCUUUUCCUAUCUUUGAACCUCAGUUUUCUGAGUGUGACUUCAACUUAUAUCCCUACCACUACCAUUCACCUCGCGUCACCUCAAAGACCGUCGGCAACAAUCACACCCUUUAAAAUAUUUCCUAAUAUCACCACCACAACAAACACUUCUGCCUCAUCGUAUUGGCUCGAAGAAAUCUCUCAUCAGGGAAUAGCGCCGUUUCAUUCUAAUGAUACCUCAUAUCAGGUGUUCCGAAAUGUGAAGGACUUUGGAGCCAAAGGUUGAUAUCAUCAUACUUUUCUCCUCAUUCAUGAGAGGCUGCUAACAUGAUGAAGGGGAUGGUAUCACCGAUGAUACUGCUGCUAUCAACAAAGCUAUCAGUUCAGGUGGAAGAUGCGAGCCUAGCGUGUGUUCAUCUACGACUACAUCACCUGCAGUGGUUUACUUCCCAGCUGGGACAUAUCUUAUCUCAUCCUCAAUCAUUGAUUACUACCUCACUCAGAUUAUAGGUAAUCCCAAUGACCUCCCUGUGUUGAAGGCUACCGCCGGAUUCCAAGGAUUCGGAUUGAUCGAUGGAGAUAUCUACGGAGCCAACGGACUAGGUUUCGGAGCAACAAAUGUCUUCUAUCGCCAAAUUCGUAACCUGGUGUUGGAUAUGACGAGAAUUUCCCCUAAUUCUACAGCCUAUGGAAUCCACUGGCCUACAGCCCAAGCUACCAGCCUACAGAACAUUGUGUUCAAAAUGAGCGAUGCAAAUGGAACUCAACAUCAAGGAUUGUUUAUUGAAUCAGGUACGUAGAGAACCUGGCGAAAGCUCUUUCUCUCGUUCGCAAUUUUUUUUUCCCAAUUUCACCCAUGACAUGGGUCUCAUAUAUUAUGAAAAUAUACCAGACCACACUUUAUUUUGACCUAUGUAUUUCGGCUUACACAAAAUAGGCUCGGGCGGCUUCAUGAACGACUUGAUUUUUCAUGGUGGGAAUAUAGGAGCUGCAUUCGGUAAUCAGCAAUACACCGUUCGAAAUUUGACCUUCAACAACGCUGUAACAGCAAUUUCCCAGCUUUGGGACUGGGGAUGGACGUAUAUGAAUAUUAACAUCAAUAAUUGUACUACCGGAUUAAACAUAUCGGCAGGUGGAUCAUCUGCUCAAAGUGUAGUGUCGGCCACCUUGAUUGACAGUAGCUUCACAAAUACCGAGGUCGCCAUUAUUACCGCUUACAAUGGUUCGUCUUUGCCAGAAGCUGCUGGGAACCUCAUCCUUGAUAACAUCCGUUUGACGAAUGUUCCGAUUGCUAUACAGGAAUCUGAAAAUACAGUUUUGGCUGGGCAAAGGAACGGAUCAAUGGUAAUCAGUGGAUGGGGCGAAGGAAAUGAAUAUGAUCCAAAUGGCCCCACCAAAUUUAUGGGACCAAUUGUGCCUUUCCCUCGUUCAGAAUCUUUAUCUCCUGGUGGCAGGUUCUAUGCUCGCUCAAAGCCUCAAUAUGAAAACUAUCCGCCUUCUAAAUUCGUUUCGGUUCGUUCAGCAGGUGCAGCUGGAGAUGGAGUUACGGACGACACGAUUGCAUUGAACGCAGUAUUUGAGUAUGCGGCCCUCGCCAACAAGAUUGUCUAUAUCGAUAGUGGCAUUUAUAGAGUAACUUCGACCAUCCAUAUUCCGUCGUGUUCAAAGAUUCUUGGUGAAUCAUAUCCAGUCAUCAUGGGAUCAGGAUCAUUUUUCACAGAUAUUGUUCAUCCCCAACCUGUCGUUGAAGUUGGCUCUCCUCUCGAAUCCGGAAAUGUUGAAUGGUCAGAUACGAUUGUUUCGACUCAAGGAUAUAUGGGUGGAGCUAUAUUGAUUGAAUGGAAUCUAGCCAGUCCAGCGAAUUCUCCUUCCGGGCUAUGGGAUGUCCAUACACGGAUCGGUGGAUUUGACGGUUCUGAUCUGCAGUUAGAUCGCUGUCCUGCAACUCCUAAUAAUACGAGCAUCGUUCUUGAAUGUAGAGCAGCUUUCAUGUCGAUUCACAUCACAGAGUAUGCUUCUGGUCUCUACCUAGAAAAUAACUGGUUUUGGGUUGCUGACCACGACAUUGAUGACCCUAACUUAUCUCAAAUCUCAAUCUAUGCCGCUCGUGGACUUUAUUGCGAAUCUAAAAUCGGUGCUAUAUGGCUUGUUGGAACGGCAGUCGAGCAUCAUACUUUAUAUCAAUACCAAUUUGAUAACACGAGAGAUAUUUUCGCCGGGCAAAUUCAGACAGAAACAGCAUAUUAUCAACCGAAUCCCAACGCACUAUACCCCUUCCCAGCAUUGGCUGAAUGGAACGAUCCGGAUUUCGCAGCCACGUGCGGAAAUGCAACGGGGGGAAACUGCGCGGAAGGAUGGGGUCUUCGAAUCAUAGACAGCGAGAGUGUUUAUGUAUAUGGUGCUGGAUUGUACAGUUUCUUUGACAAUUAUAAUACCUGUAAGUUGGUUGGAUCUAUUUCAAUUAAUGAUCAUCUCACUAACAUAUUCAGCGUGCUCGGAUCAAGGGAAUGGUGAAGCUUGUCAAGCUAGAAUCUUCAGUCUCGAGGGGAAUAAUACAGAUAUUGGUAUUUAUAAUCUGAAUACAGUAGGUACCACGAAUAUGAUCACUAUUGAUGGAAGAGAUUUUGGGAAUUAUUCGGAUAAUCUUGCUGGGUUUGUGGAUCAUAUUGCUUUAUUUAGAAGUGAGUGGUGAUAUUGAGUGGUGAUAUUGAGCGGUGAUGUUGAGAUGUCGGUAUGUUUUUGAGGAUAUAAAGGGACCCUUUCUUUGCAAGAUAUUAAUUACAUCAAGCUUGUUUUAUAGAAGUAGAAAGAACCAUAGAUACACCAGCUCUACUGAUUCAAUAUACAUUUCCCUCGAGGUAAUCCCAAGCACC